AUGGAUGCGUUGGGUGGAGGUGGUAAUGGCUGGAUUUGGGGAAUGCUGCCAUUUCAAUCUCAACAACCAAGGAGUAGAAGCAGAAACAAGAAAUCUAAAUCCUCCGACUCAGUGGAGGCAACCGGAGGAGCCGGUUACCGGUUCCCCCUUAAGCAAGCUGCGACGGCUGCAUCUCUAGCUCUUGCCGGCGACACCAUUGCUCAACUCCGAGUCCGAUGGGUCAAGAACAAAGCUAAUUCACCACAUAGUAUUCAUGAUAAGCUUGUGGUUCUAAGAGUGGCUCUUAGUUUUAACAAGCCACUCCAUCAGGGUGGUGGCAUUGGAUACUUGGCAAAGAAGCGGCCAAUGCCCAUACUCGUAUAUGCAUGUGAACUUAUUUUUGAAAAGAAUCAAGGAUUUUGA